AUGGCGUUCAACAACAAUAACCAGCAAGGUUACCACCUUGGAGACCCAAACACUGGUUACGAUCGCACUGAGCAUGAGGAUGAGGUUGCCCGCUCCCUCUUGCACGAGAACCCCACCGGUGCCAACUCAGACCCUUUCUACGGCAACCCUGAUCACCGCCCACACUCAACCUACAGUUUGACCGAAUCCUAUGCCAACGACCGGCCAACUCAAUACCCAGCACAGGGCCAUGAGGGCACCAGCUACUCAGUUAGCGGUGGCUACGACCCAGCCAGCGACUUUGGUGCCGGUCAGCGUGCACCUUCACCAUACGAGAGGAGCGAGACCAGCUCCACUGAGGCAUGGAGGCAGCGACAGCAGCCCGGUGGUCAAGCCGGUGGCCUCAAGCGUGGCAUGACCCGUAAGGUCAAGCUCGUCCAGGGCUCCGUCCUCAGUGCCGACUACCCCGUGCCCUCAGCUAUCCAGAAUGCCAUCCAGGCAAAAUACCGCAAUGACCUCGAAAGUGGCAGUGAGGAGUUUACCCACAUGCGAUACACGGCUGCCACGUGCGACCCCAACGACUUCACACUCAAGAACGGUUACAAUCUGCGUCCGGCCAUGUACAACCGCCACACUGAGUUGCUCAUUGCCAUUACCUACUACAACGAAGACAAGGUUCUCACUGCCCGCACCCUGCACGGUGUCAUGCAGAACAUCCGUGACAUUGUCAACCUCAAAAAGUCCGAGUUCUGGAACAAGGGUGGCCCAGCUUGGCAGAAGAUUGUCGUCUGCUUGGUUUUCGACGGUAUCGAUCCCUGCGACAAGGGCACGCUCGAUCUGCUCGCCACUGUCGGUGUCUACCAGGACGGUGUCAUGAAGAAGGAUAUCGACGGAAACGAGACAGUUGCUCACAUUUUCGAGUACACUACACAACUUUCCGUCACACCCAACCAGCAGCUCAUCCGCCCGCACGAUGACAGCGCCAGCACUCUGCCCCCCGUUCAAAUGAUGUUUUGCUUGAAGCAGAAGAACACCAAGAAGAUCAACUCGCACAGAUGGCUCUUUACCGCCAUUGGCCGUAUCCUCAACCCCGAAGUUUGCAUUCUGCUCGAUGCUGGUACCAAGCCUGGUCCCAAAUCGCUGCUCGCUCUCUGGGAAGGCUUCUACAACGACAAAGAUCUCGGUGGUGCUUGCGGUGAGAUCCACGCUAUGUUAGGCAAGGGCUGGAAAAAUCUGCUUAAUCCGCUCGUGGCUGCUCAAAAUUUCGAGUACAAGAUUAGUAACAUUCUUGACAAGCCGCUCGAAUCGUCUUUCGGCUACGUCUCUGUGUUGCCUGGUGCUUUCUCGGCUUACCGCUACCGUGCUAUCAUGGGCCGACCGCUCGAACAAUACUUCCACGGUGACCACACUCUUGCCAAGAUUCUCGGAAAGAAGGGUAUCGAGGGCAUGAACAUUUUCAAGAAGAACAUGUUCUUGGCCGAAGAUCGUAUUCUGUGUUUCGAGCUCGUCGCAAAGGCCGGAUCAAAGUGGCAUCUUACCUACAUCAAGGCCUCCAAGGGAGAGACUGACGUGCCCGAAGGCGCUGCCGAACUCAUUGGUCAGCGUCGUCGUUGGCUCAACGGUUCCUUCGCUGCCGGUAUCUACUCCCUCCUCCAUUUCGGUCGCAUGUACAAGAGUGGCCACAACUUUGUGCGCAUGUUCUUCUUCCACAUUCAGAUGUUGUACAACAUCUUCCAGACUAUUCUUACCUGGUUCGCUCUGGCUUCCUUCUGGCUUACUACCGUCAUUAUCAUGAGCCUUGUCGGUACCAAGACCGACACCCGAGAUGCUUGGCCAUUUGGUAACCGUGUCACUCCCAUCUUCAACACGAUCGUCACCUACCUCUACCUCGCAUUCCUGGUUCUGCAGUUCAUUUUGGCCUUUGGUAAUCGUCCCAAGGGUUCCAAAUACUCUUACUUGGUAUCCUUCUGCGUCUUCGGUCUCAUCCAGCUCUACAUUGUCAUCCUGUCCAUCUACCUCGUUGUUCAGGCCUUCACCAACCCGACCUCUCAGAAGCUCGAUACAUCGUCACCGGAAGCAUUUGCCAAAUCCUUCUUCUCGUCAGAUGGUGUUGGUAUCAUUAUCAUCGCUCUUGCCGCGACUUUCGGUCUCUACUACGUCGCUUCCUUCCUCUACAUGGACCCAUGGCACAUGUUCACCUCGUUCCCGCAAUAUCUGCUCAUCAUGUCCUCGUACAUCAACAUUCUCAACGUCUACGCCUUCUCCAACUGGCACGAUGUGUCUUGGGGUACCAAGGGUUCUGACAAGGCGGAUCUUCUGCCAUCAGCCAAGACGGAGAAGGGAUCAGACGGAAAGCACAACGUCAUUGAGGAGCCUGAUCUGCCCCAGGCUGAUAUUGACAGUGCAUUCGAGGCUACUGUGAAGCGUGCUCUUGCCCCAUAUGUCCCACCAGAGGAGAAGGACGAGAAGACCCUCGAGGAUUCGUACAAGUCUUUCCGUACCCAUCUGUGUACCGCCUGGAUUGGUUCUAACGCUACUCUCGCCGUUGUCAUCACCCAAGAUAACUUUGACCGCUUCGGCUUCUCCUCCAACGCCUCUACCAGAACCGCACACUUCUUCCAGGCUCUCCUGUGGUCUACUGCAGUACUUGCUUUGAUUCGUUUCAUCGGAUGUCUGUGGUUCCUUGGUCGCACUGGUCUCUUCUUCUGCGUGCGGAAGAGGUAA